CGAUUUUCUUUGCCACCCCGCCAUGGCGGAAGCUGCGGCCUGCGAUGCGGCCCUGCCGUUGUUGCAAGCGGCGUUGAGUGCGGCAGGUGGCUUGAUCCCGCGGGACUUCUCCGGACGUGUGUUGCUGAACAUCAACGAUGCCGCCGGCUUGAUCUUCAGUGUGCAGGGUGGAUCCGGCACUGCCACAGUGGAACGAUGGAGCGGCGGCGCGUCUCGGGUGGACACCACGAUUCGCUUCGAUUCGGUGAACUCCUUGCGAAAAGCCUUGCAGGACGGACUUCCCAAUUUCCUCGUAAAGAUUGGCAGGGUAAACCAUCAGUAAACCAUCAUUAGUAAUCCAUCAUUAGUGAUUAACCAUCAUUAGUAACCAUACUUAGUAAAACAUCAUGGAUACUGCAUGAUCAUGGAUCAUCGAUCAUGAUAUAUUUGAGAUUUCUGUUUGAAGAUAUCCAAAGAGUUAGAA